AUGGCGAAUCAAUCAUUACAUCUGCAAGGCGACUGCAUCGCACCUUUCUUGGACGCUGCGAAGUUUCCGCUGGACGGCGGACUCAUCGAUGGCCGCUUUUGCGCACCAAUUCAGAGCCUUCCCGGCAGUCCUACGUGCUGUCUACCUUGUCCGGCAACACAAUGGACAUACUCGGACAGCUUCAACACAUACAUGACGGUGGCAGAAUGGCUCAACGUGGUGGGACUGAUGCUGCUCUCGUUCAUGCUACUGUCAUACCUUGUGCUACCCGCUCAGAAGACUCGAAGUCAUUACCUGAGCAUAUGCCUUGUGGUUUCGGUGAUGAUGCUCGCGAUCGGCUUCACCAUCCCGCUCUCGACACAGCCUGAACAAUGCUACAAUGAGAUCACGCCAAACGACAUGUACUCAUCCUCGAAAUGCGCCUGGAGUGGAGCGUUCAUCAUCGCUGGAGGACUGUGCGCUGACAUGUGGAUCUUCAUCCGGGCACUGUCGAUGAACCUGCAGAUAUGCUGGGACAUCGUACCAGGCAAGAAGUUCUUCUACGCAUCACAGGCACUCGGCUGGGGCAUUCCAGCUGUCCUCUUUUGCGCGACCAUGACCUUGACAGGCGUCAGCUUCCGCUUCGGACGAGAAUGCGAUGUCAACCACGCCAACUCGAUGCAGGACUUCUGGGGGCCCCUCAUGGCAUUCGCGGGUGCAGCAGGGAUACUGCAGAUCAUGACUUUCGCAUACUGCAUUCGAGUGUACUUGAAGAACCUCCUCACGGACGACACCGACAGCUCGACCAAUGCUUCCAGCUCGGGCUUGCCGUCGUACCAAGGCAGCGUGCGCACGCAGACAGCAAAAGUCGUGUGGAGGCGGCUGCAGAAGGUGCUGUGGUUGCAAUGGCGCGGCAUCUGCAUCGUCACCAUCAUUCUGGUCGACGUCGUCUUCUUCGCCAUUGUCUUCGUAUGGUUGGAUAGCCUGCAGAGCGCAGUCAACAAGGACUAUCAGAAAGUAGAGCCGUGGCUGCUCUGCCUGGCUUUACAUCCUGACGACAAGAAUGCGUGCCUGAGUUACGUCGGCGACUGGUUGGUGAAUCAGCCCACCGUGAUCGCAGUGCUCUUGCUUCUGUCAAUGGCUGGAUUCCAGUGUUUCCUGUUCCUGGCUCGGCCUUCGCUCUUCCCUGCUUGGAAGCAGUUCUUCCAGGAGAAGUUCACUUCGCGGUCAGAGUUCGUGUCACUCGAUGCGCGAAGAGACCGUCCUCGGACAAGUUCGAAGCAAGAGCUGGUCAAUUAUCAUCGAGGCCACGAAAGCACGACCUUCGAGCUCAUGCAGAAGCCCGGUCAAAACGUUGCCGUGGAAAUCGACAGCAAAGGAGCCUUCUCUCCCUCAGAGACCAUGGUCUCGUCACCAAGCGAGGCCUACCGCUCGCCACUGCAAAUCAGUCGGAUGAGCCCAAGCACUGGCACAGACAUCCGCAACAGCACAUCCUCAUCAGUGGUCAACGGCAGGCUACCCCACGAGCUCAACAGCCACCAAACGCCAAACUUCGAAGGACCCGGCAGCCCACCAACACCCGUCGUGCGCUACGACAGUAUAUCAAUGCACCGACAAAACUCGGACUACUUCGCCGCUCAUCAGCGUUUCGGUACGCCGAACGGUGCAUCACAACGACCGCCUUCGAGCCGGUCACAAAACAGCGAGCGGAGGUACAACCCACCCACAUCCUCCUUCUCGGUCCCGCAAGCCCCUUCGCGGCAAUCGAGUACACGCUCCGUCAGCUUCGAUCCGCGGGAUACGUACUCGAGGGGCGGGCUAGCGCUGAACCCGCCUUCGGAGGCUGGGGAGUCGCAGGAGGAUCUGACGGGGUAUCAUGGGCCGCGAUAG